GCUGCACGCAUGUGUCUCGAUCUUCUACCGUACUUUAACUGCUUACGUAGAAGGAAUCUGCCGCGAUGAAUACGCGAGUGAUCGUGUCUUUUAUUCUAGUCAGUUUAAACUAUUCUAGUUUAGGCGAGAUGGGGGCGUGCGCGAACUGUGCGAACGGUGAGCUUAGUGUCACUGAGCUGACGGAGGCUAGGAUAGAGUUUGUUAAGCAGCAGAUAUUGAAGAAGUUGAGGCUGAGUAAGAAGCCGACGGUGGCUGUGCCGGUGAACAGCUUACCGAUGCCCGUGGCACAGGGGCAGACGCUUAGCCAGGGGUCCGACAAACCACCGGAGUUCGACGAUUAUUAUGGACGGACGGAACAGAAGAUUAUAUUUCCAGUAGAAGGUGAAUGCCUCACGUCUGGACGGUAUCCGUUCACCUGUCUGCAGUUCGAGUUACCGCCGGACGUUGAGCCGGAAGAAGUAACCGUCGUCGAGCUCUGGUUCUAUAAGGAGCGUGAUCCACUAGACGAAUACAAUCAAACCUUCGUUAUAUCUGAAGCAGCGCAUUGGGACAGCCAGCAACAGUUUAAGAAGACGAAGCCAAUUGCAAUCAAGGAGACGGAUAUUGGUGAAGGCUGGGUGAGAGUGGAGUUGGCCUGGGCUGUGAGGGUCUGGCUCGAGGGGAGGGAGAGGUUGCAUACAUUACACGUGGCUUGUAGGACAUGUCAGCUACGCCGAGCUCCUCUUUCCUUCCACGAAAAACGCCGCCCAUUCCUGGUCCUAUAUACCAAGUAUGCCGGCAAACGUCGUCGUGGCAGGACACUGGAGUGUGGAGCUACCACCAGUGAAUGUUGUAGGGAACCUCUUUACGUCAGCUUUAAGGAACUUGGCUGGGAUGACUGGAUCAUCAGACCGGCGGGCUAUCACGCUUACUUUUGUAAAGGGACCUGUGCCCCAAUUUCAGCUGUAUCGCAGGCAGAUAGCUAUCACCACAAUAUUAUCAGGAAAUAUUUCUAUUCCGUAUCAAAUGAAAGAAAAGCUGAGUUCAAGCCAUGUUGUGCUCCGACAACAUUUAGUUCACUGCAAUUACUCUACAUGGACUCAAAUAACACGGUGACGCAGAAGACUCUACCAAAUAUGGUGGUAGAAUCAUGUGGGUGCAUGUGAGGUGAAUUCAAUGACCUAAACAUUUAAGGGCCUUGUGGAAAUAAAAAUUGGAUAAGACGAUCAGCUACUUGAUUGAAGAAGCUCGUUGCUGUCUUUUUCAAGUUGCAUAUUUGUCUCAAUGAAGUCGGUUAUUAAAUCACUUAUUCCAAUCAAAAUCGUAAUUGGACAAGUGGAACUAUUUUGAGUGCUAGGCAGAUGUAAAAGAUUUACUGAUAUUGUGUUGCUGAAAAUACAAGGAGAGAUAAAUGAAAUGAGUUAGAAGCAAUCUGGGAUAGUGACUAUCCUCUUAGAAUGUAGUAAAUGGUAAUUCACAAAAGUUUAACGCGGAUACAAUGUUCUAAAUACUAAUUAUAAUUGUUUUCUGAUGGAGGCCAAAUUAAAUUCAUAAAACUAUAUUUCAUAACUUAAUCUGUAGUUAGAAAAAUCUAUAAGUUUUGCAUAUAAAGACAUAUAAUUCAAAUAAAUCAUUUAUUAAAUGUUAUAAUUUUUUUUUGUAAUUGAAAAAUUGGUGAUUAAUGUUGAUGUUCACCAUCUUUUUCACAAUUAAUAUUUGUUUACACAAGAAUUACUUCGAUUGAGACAACAAUAUACGAUCAAAAUAGAUGUAUAAAUCAUGACGAAAGAAUAUUAACAUAAUUAUCCCCUUUGAAUCGCAGUUCUGAUAAUCAUCGGGGAAAUGAACUAACCUUGCUGUGAGUCAAUAAGACUUGGUGUUAUAUGAUUUAGUUCUACUUAAGUUAAAUGUGAUAUAGCUUGUUCGAUAUGUUUUGAUAGUUAAAUGUUUUGUUGUGAUGUAUUUAUAAUUAGGAUUAAUUCGAUUGCAUUUACGUUAUUUAAUUAAUUAUAAAUUAAUUUAAUAUUAUUAUGUUAGGUCGAAGUUUCUUUUCAAAGUUUGAAGCCAGGUUUUUGUUAUUCCAUAUUAAAUGUUGAAGAAAAUCAGAAGAAGAUUUAUAACCGUAAUCAAAAUGAUUAAAAUCAUUUAAGGAAAACAUCGUGAGGUAAUCUUUGUCUUGAAUGAAAUUCUACAUUGUGUAUUUAACAACGCGUUUGGAGCAAAUUUGGGAAAUAGCCUUUCGCUUAAGACGCGAAUUCUUUAAGCAUUUUCUUAGCAAUGGAGCAUUGACGGGCUGUUAUUUUACUUUUUAAAGAGAGUAUUUUAUGUUAUUGUUUUGAAAAGGAACUUUGUUUGGUACAAGCUUCAAUUGAAUGUUUCAGAGAUAAUAAAUAUUUUGACUUUUGACUUUGACAUUAUAAUGACAUUGACAGUUUUUAAGUUUAUAGCCCCUUGGAAUAGUCUAGCCUAGUAAUAGUCGCCUCUUUAUUUGCUUUUCAAAUUCUAGAAACGUCUAUCCUUUACCGUUAUAUUUUAAGAUAAAUACUCUAGGUGUAUACAUUAAUGACAUGCAUAUCGACGUUUAUAAAUCAACAUUAAUUUAACGAACUUGAAGCGAUAAGUUUUGUCUCGUUCGAUGAAAAAGAGGACUUCGGUCGACCAGUAACCAUUUAAUUAAGAGCUCCGAUCUAAACUGAGAAAUAAUUAUACUGAGAUAAACAAUGGGCGUGUAUAUCUCUAAAAAUGCCUUAUUAGUUUAGAUAUACAGAACCAAUUUUACUAUUAACACAGAUACAUAUAUCACUCUGAAUGUUAUCACCUAAACGCUUUUAUUAAUUAUGAUAAAUGAGGUGACAAUAAUUUGACAACAUUAUGCCACGUCGCCAUAUUGGUUAAAUAUAAUUGUCAUAUUUCUAGUCAAUUAAAUACAAUCCAUUCACAUUUGUCACAAGUAGAGCAAAGAUAUGUUUAGAUUUAUAUUAUAUAACUCGGAAAGUCGUACCCGUGAAAUGCUUAUUAAUUUUAAUAAAAGGGCGAGUGUUAUUACAGAUAUAGAGAAAAUAAAAUUUACCAAAGCGAUGUUAAGCGAUAGUUAAUACAGAAUCAAACUUCAUGACCGGUGGUGACCACUUACCAUCAUGUAGUCCAUUUGUCAGUCUAUCUACCUAUAUUAAAUUAUAUAUAUAUAUAUAUAUAUAUAUAUAUAUAUUAGGUAUUUAUUAAUGCGCAACUAAUUAAAUAUGUUAUUAUUUCUGAACAUUCAUUAAAGUGUGUAUUGAAUUUUUUAGUAUGAUAAAUUAUCAGUUAAUUGUAAUUAGUAUAAUUAAAGAUUUUAAGUUAAUGAGUUAUUAAUAAGCGAUGUUAUUUCUAAGUAAAUACCAAAAUACCUCGUUUAAGAACUUAUCAAAUAGUUUUUCUAGACGUGUUACGUUAUGGGCGUGAAACUAGUGAUUAAUUUUUUUGUCUAGUUAUUUGUGUAUAAAUACCUAAAUCUGAUUCUGCUACACAUAUUGCUAUGUACUAAAGGUCAAAUACUUACAGUUAUUACAACAUUUUAAUAUUACGUAUUAAAUAUUUAUUUAUAGCGACAAUUAUUUCGUGUUCCGUGACAAAUCUUAAAGUAAAAUUGUCAAUUCAACUUUUUACCAAACAUUGCACUGUCUAAAGCAAAAUAAAUUGUUGUGAGCUACCCUCAGCGAGGUCAAGCCAAACGAUAAUCCUGGAUCCGCUCCGGGCAAUAAUGAUACUUAUACACAUAAAAUAACCAAACAUUGUACGUAAUAUAAGCAAAGCGUUUAAUAAUUUAUUAAACGCUCUGCUUAUAUUUUCAAAUAUAAUUUGUUCGCUUUGAUCUGACGCCAUUGUUCGAGCAGAUUUUUCUGUCACUAUAUUCACGUCUAUUAUAUUUCUAUUAAAUCAUUUGUAUAUUACAUGAGAUAAAUGAAGAAUUUAUUCCAAAGAAUAAGAUAUUUUUAAAGACAAAGUAAAAACAUUACUUAAUACAUUCUUGCAAAAACAAGAAAGAAAAUCUUACCUUUUGUGAGACAUUAUCUGUGUGUGGUUAUAUAAAAUAUUGUAUUUUUAAUUAAAAAAUAUAUAUUUUGUGUGAGUCUGGUAGUAUUUAGUAGUGUGUGUUUGUGGGAAUUUGUUUACUUAUGUUUUAAUGCAAACUGUCAAAAAAAUACACAUCGUCCCUUUUAUUGAAUUUGUGAAAAAUUUAUGAAGAAGAACUUUCAUUUAUAAAGAGAAUAAUUGACAAUAAAUAUUAAUGUUAAUUAAAAACAAAAUGUUAAUUAGAAAAAUAUAUAACUUUAUUUAUUGAAUUCAUCUAAUAGUUGGUGAGUCCGUUGUUUAUAAUAAACGAUAUGAUCUAUCGCGUUGUAUGUAAUGUAUUUGUUUCGAUCGUUCCAGUUAUUAAAAUUUCUCUACGUAAGGACGAAAGUUACUCUGUACACAUACGAAGGUUAUAUAUUGGUAUAGUGUCAAAAAAGAAAAUGAGAAAUUUGAACCCAAUAACCUUUUGAGUGUUUAUAUAAAUUUGUUAAUCUUUAAUUUUAUUAUUGUUGUAUUUAAAUAAUUUAACAAUGACUAUAAGAACGUUUUUUUUAUGUUUUUUAAUUGAUGCACGUCAAUCAAUUUUGACAGAAAGACAUGAUACACAGAUUAUAAAAACAAAUAUGGUUGUAUACGUCAUAUUGUCAAGUAAAUUAUAAAGUAAAAUUAUUUUCAAAAUGCUAUUUAAACUACACUGUUAUUGAAAUAUGUAAUCUUCAUGAUAUAUUUGCCAAAAUUAAUGAGUAUGUUUACCGUAUACAAGACAAUUUUUAUACAUACGCUAUGACACUAACCUAGUCUAGGUCGCCUAGGUCACUGUUACUGUGGGUGUAGAUUUUUUGUACUUAACACAACGCCCAAUGGUUGUAUUAUUACCAAUCACGACAGUGCCUAAGUAUUAUACUUUAACAUAUUAGUUUAAGUUGAGUAAUUGAAAACCAAAUUUAAUAAAAAUGAACGAACUGUUAA